GCCACGACCCACGACCACAGUCUUUACACCCAUAUGAUUGACACUUGACAGCUUCUUGACAUUUGACAUAGACUUAUUUACAUUAUCACGUCAAAUGAUUGUUGUACGUAUGUAAUUUUCGUAUUUUUCUUUGUUGUUAAAGAUUAUCAGGAGCAAAUAACAAGUAACAAUAAACAACAUAAAACGAUAACUUAACCAUUAUGUUAAAUUAAUCAUAAUUUUUGUAAAUCAACAACUUUGUAAUACAAUAGUUGGUCCAAAGAAUAUGGAUUUCCAAGAGGAUACUGUUGCAACCCACAGUGAUAGUGAUGACAGCAGUUAUGAGGAUGAAGAUGAAACUACCAGAAUUCUUCCUCCCGAAGUGGAGGACACAACAGACUGUCUUCGAUCGAGGCAUAUCUUAGGAAUACUAGGAUUUUUAGGCUUUGCCAAUGUAUAUGCCAUGAGGGUGAACUUAUCUGUGGCUAUUGUUGCUAUGGUGAACAGCACAUUGCAACCUGUUGAUGAUAACACAACAUUCGACCACUGCCCUAUGCCAAAUGUUACAGCAAAUUCCUCUACACCAGUUAAUCCUGGAGAGUUUAACUGGGAUGAACAAACUCAGGGCAUAGUGUUGGGAUCAUUUUUUUAUGGGUAUGUCCUAACACAAGUCCCUGGAGGCAGACUAGCAGAAAUGUUUGGUGGAAAAUUGGUGUAUGGAGUAGGAGUAUUGAUUACUGCAAUCUUCACCCUGUUAAGUCCUGUUGCUGCAAGAACUAGUUUUCCAUUGUUCAUCAUUGUGAGAGUGCUGGAAGGCAUGGGUGAAGGUGUAACAUAUCCUUCAAUGCAUGCAAUGUUAGCUCGAUGGAUUCCUCCUUUAGAAAGAAGUACUUUUGCAGCAUAUGUGUAUGCAGGUUCUAAUUUUGGUACAAUUAUCUCAUUACCACUUUCUGGAUGGCUCUGUUCCUUAGAAAAUGGCUGGCCAUUAUCCUUUUAUAUAUUUGGAAUUAUUGGGAUCAUCUGGUUCGGUUUCUGGAUGUUAUUAGUUUAUGAUACACCAUCAACCCAUCCAAGAAUCAACCCCCAGGAGAAAGCAUUUAUAUUAGCCAGUAUUGGACCUCAGGAUGAUGAUGAUAGGUCAGAUUCGAUACCAUGGUGCAGUAUGUUGAAAUGUGUACCAUUAUGGGCCAUACUUGUAACCCAGUGUGGUCAGUCUUGGGCCUUUUACACCCAAUUGACAGAACUUCCAACAUAUAUGGCUAAGAUACUUCAUUUUGAUAUACAGUCUAAUGCAGUACUUUCUGCCAUUCCCUACCUAACCAGUUGGUGGUUUGGAAUUCUUUGUAGUAAAUUUGCUGACUGGUUGCUCGGUAAAGGCGUGGUUUCAUUAUCAAUGUCAUAUAAAAUAUGGAAUUCAGUCGCUUCCGUGCUUCCAUCUUUGGGCUUACUGGGCGUGGCCUACGUGGGCUGUAACCGUACAGCCACGCAGGUGCUCCUUGCCGCCUCCGGAGCAUUUACUGGCGCUGUGUACGCCGGCAAUCAGAUGAACCACAUCGCGCUCAGCCCCAAAUAUGCCGGAACUAUGUACGGCAUCACGAAUGCGGCCAGCAACAUGUGCGGCUUCAUCGCUCCAUAUGUUACUGGGAUGAUUAUCGAAGGAAGGGAGACGUUAGACCAAUGGCGAACUGUAUUCUACCUAGCAGCUGGUAUCAACAUAGGUGCGAACCUAUUCUACAUCGCAUUUGCUAGUGCAAAAGAACAGCCCUGGUCCAGAUCUCAAAGACUUACUACAAUCAACUGACAGGCAGAGUACUUAGCUAUGUUUGUCGAUGCUUAGCGAAUUUUAUACUACAAGAUAUGUAGAGAAAAUGUAAGUUACAUUUUAUUGGUGUUUUAUGCCACUGCAUAAUGUAUGUCUUACAAGAACAGAGCUCGAGAAAAUGUCACAGUUGCGUACUGAUGUUUAAAUGAAAUAUUGUUGGUACUUUGUCAAGUUCUGAUUACUAUGCGUUAUUUGAAUUAGCGAUUACUUUUUAAAAAUUUUAUCAAACAAUUUUUAAUAUUGUCGUACUUCGUACAUAAAAAUAUGUCAGAUUCAACAUUACGAUACUCUCAGAACUGACGAGCAAUUUAUUAAUGUCUAAAGGAGGGUGAUACUGCGUACUAAAAGUUAAAAUUUUGCCACCGUCUUACUAGAAAUUGCUGUUGCCCAUUUUUUUCAUCUUAAUAUUUUUUUAAACUCAGAAAUUAUCUAUGAAAAAUAAUAUCAGACAAAUGUCCGCCUCUAGAAGCCGCGCAAUCUUGAGCCCUUUUGAUUACAUUUCACCAUCACUUUUUGGUAGGUUUCGGGGGGGAAUAUUCUCAUUCGCUUCCGUAAUAUUGUUCUUCAGCUGCUCUACAGUAUUUGGUCUGUUGGCAUAAAUCCUAUUUUUCAAAAAUCCCCAUAAAAAAGUCAGGAGCCGUUAAAUCCGGUGACCUUGGUGGCCAGUUGACAUCUCCAAAUCGAGAAAUUAAACGUCCCGGAAAUAUUGUUCGCCAGAUUCAUUGUUUCCUAGUUGUGUGACAAGUUGGUCCGUCCUGCUGGAACCACAUGUUUUGCAGGUUAAAUUAAUGGAUUUGAGGAGCCAGAAAGUUUUGCACUAUAUCACGGUAGCGCUCGCCAGUGACUGUAAGAGAAUUACCUGCAGCAUCUUUAAAGAAGUAAGGUCCAAUGACACCUCCAUACCAAACACCGCACCAAGCUGUGACUCGACGAGGAUGUAGUGAUCUUUGGUGGAUGACACGAGGGUUCUGUCCAGAUACGACAAUUCUGCUUAUUAAGAAACCCGUUCAUAUCGAAGAAGUCUUCAUCGCUCAUUAUCAGUUGUCGGUAAAAAUCGGUAUUUUGUGUAUUAAGCUGUAAUAUUGCAUGACUGUAUUGUAGGCGACAUGGUCACUAGGCUGUAAUUCUUGGGUUAACUGAAUUUUGUAUGGCCGCAAAUGCAAGUCGUUUUUUAAAAUAGUGCAUAAUGACGUGCGACGAAUACCCAGUUCUUGAGAACGAUGUCUGGUAGACGUCUCAGGUCACUUGACUACACUUUCACGAACUCUCUCGAUAUUUUCCGUAGUACGAACAGUUAGAACACGGCCCGACCUUGGCAAGUCUUUAACUCCACCUGCUUGUUCAAAUUACCGCAGCAACUGACGAAUGGUGUUGACACUGGACACAUUAUUUCGACCGAAAUCUUGUCGCAGCUUCCGAAUCGUUGCAACAAUCGACUCAUUAUUUAAGUAAAAUGUUUUAACAAUACGGACGCGUUGUUUGAUCGUGUAGCGCUUAAUGAUGAAUUGGACACAUGUGCUUUAAACAACUGCUAGGGCGCCACCUACUAAAAUGCGUGUAUCACAAAUGGCGCGCAAUUUAAAUCAGUCAGUUACAUAUUGGACACCCUGUAUAUAGGCCUUUUCGCGGUAUUUGACGGUUCACAGCGAAACCAGAGUAGUUAUACUAUGAGAAGAGAAUUUAUGGAAUAUCUUUAUGAUCCAGCGGUCGGCUCGGUCGACCUUGAGUUUAGCCUGCAUUACAGAUUUACGACAAAACAACGAUCUAUGAGCGAAUCUCCCUUGAUUUGGCGGUUCGCUCAUAGAUGGCUCAGCAUCUCCCAAAAAAGCGCAGUUGCUUUACCGAGGCAAUGUUGUCAAACUGACAAAAAAUGUUUAGAAACUGAUACACUUUUACUGAGCUGAAUAUAGUCUUUCUCAUUGUUUUUUUUUGCUACAUCACAAUGUCAUACGAAAUAAGUAAAUACAUUGUCUUAACUCCACCACUUGCCUAACCGCUAAAUACCAUUCAUUUAAGAGAAUGUCCUACUCAGGACUCCUUGAUGAUAAAGAAAUAUAGAAUAUUUAUAAUAGGUGUGCAUUUUGUUAAGAUGAAGAAUUAGCUUGUUGAGUACAGUUAUUGUCGAUCUUCAAUUAACAUAAAAGCUGCUUGCACUAUGCAAUGGCAUCAAUCACUUGAUUUUACUAUAAGUGUAUAUAUAUAUAUAAUAUGUAUUUAAGACAAAAUAUGUGAUCUUAGAAAGUCUUUAAGUUGAAUACUGAAUAUGUCUAUAUUUAUACUUACAUAUUUGUAAUACCAUAUCUUACUAUUUUUUGUUUGUUCCGUAUAGUUUAGCGCUGUGAUCCCUGAAGUGAUUUGAUUUUUGUGCAAUAACGAAUAAAUUUUCUCACCUAUAGAGUCUCAUUAAAAAUUCUCACGAACUUUCAUCAUAUUAAGUAGACAUACUAAGCAGUGGCGUAGCUACCUUGGGUAAGGCACCCGCUGCGGAAGUUGGUGGUGUCACCCCAUCGAAAGUCAAAAGCAAUAAAUUUUAUAUGGUUUACAAACGUCGUGGAUCAUUUAAUAUAUAUAUUUAAAAUAUUGAACAAAUAACAACAUUAAAAUCUCUUCUUUAUAGCUUUGACAGCUGCAAACUCAGAAAUAACUGCAUCAAAAUUUAUAUUUUGUAUUGCCUCGUGCUCGAUGGCUAAUGUACAAAGAGUGCUAACGUGAUUGGGUCAUUGUUGCCCGCAAAUAGUUUUUUAUUAAUUUUAGUUUACUGAAACUCCUUUCACAUGAAGCUAUGGACACGCAAACCGUCAUGAACAAUUUUAGUGCAACGAUAAGAUUUGGAAGAUAUUCUGUAAAAUCCCAUUCUACAAUAAACUUUAAAAAAUCUAGAGAUACUCAUCAGAAACUGUAACAUUAGCGGAUUUUAAGUGUCUUCACAGUCUUGGUAUCUCCAAAAGUAAUUCUGUUUCUGAGACCUUAUCAUGAAAAUCAGUAAAUUUGGAUGUAACUGAUUUCAGUUCUUCAGUAUUCGCGAAAAGCAAAGUAUUUUUUUGUACGAUCUCAAACAAUGAAGCUAGGUCUUGAAGAGACUUCGAUCUUGUCUGGAGUUCAACUCUGAAAAAGUUGAGUCACCAGGAGGGUGUCAACCGCCCCCGCCGCCCCCACCUUGCUACGCCACUGAUACUAAGGCUGGUCAUUUGGACUAACAACUGUGUUUUUUGUUUUCUCAGAGGCAUGACAUAAGCCCAGUGGCAAUACAUGAGUAUGAUCUAUGAUUGUAGUAAUCUGCAAACAUAAUUUACUGACCAAACAUUUAGAUGGCCAACAUUUUAAGGAUAGUAUGCUCUGUGAAUAUAGAAAUUUCUGAUAUUUGUAAAGAACAUAAAAAUUAAUGUGAAUAUGAAUAAAAGCACUGAGGACACAGAUACAAGCCCCUAAAGGAAGUCUGUAGAAAUUUGGUUUUUCUUGAAUACACCUGUUCAACCACUAAUUCAGAUAUAUUCAGAAAACAUGAAUAUGCUUGAUACAUAAAUUUAUACAGAAUAUUUACAACUAAAAUGUUCAUUGCUCGAAAUAUGCUUUUGAUUUCAUAAAUGAAGGCGGGGUUAAUAUACCCAAGAUGCACAAUUUUUUAUCAUUCUGUAUGCUUAUACACUGGUAUGUGUAAAUGACAGAAUUUUUUUCCUUUUCUAAACUAUUGUGCGUAAAAUGGUAUUUAGAAUGAAUUCCAAAAGCUAUUUGUGAUAUCAUUUACUUCAUUCUUUUAUUUAACUGUUAAUUUUGUAAGUAUUAUCAAAUGUAAAUAAAAAUAGUAAAUAUUGUGAAGAUGACAUUAUGAAUCAGUAUAACAACU